AUGGCACUCGAACUAAAAGAAAAGGGCAACCAGCUCUUUAAAGAAGGCGAUUACAAUGGCGCCGAGGAGAUGUAUUCACAAGCAAUCCUCAAGAAUCCCAAAGAACCCACCUUCUUCUCCAACCGCGCCCUGACCCGCAUCCGACUUGAAAACUGGGCCGGAGUCGAGCACGACGCCCGCGCCGCCAUCGAUCUCUACGGCGCCAAAUCCCCCACCAGUUUGAAAUCCUCCUGGUACCUGGCACAAGCGCUGUUGGGUCUGCAACGGCCUCAGGAAGCAUACGACGUAGCCAUUGAGGCGUAUAAGGCGAGUCUGGCGGCGAAGAACAUCCAGACGGAGAAUUUGUCGCGGACGGUGUUGCGCGCUAAGCAGGCGAUUUGGGCGGCCAAGGAGACGGCGCGGAUAAGGGAGUUGGAUGAGACGUUGGCGAGUGUGGAGGGGCUGAUUGAGGCGGAGGUGGAGAGGGGGGUAUCGGAGUUGAAGGCGCGGUUGGAGAAGGGGGAGAUUGGGGAAAUUGGGUUCAGAGAGGAUGAGAGGGAGAUUAGAGAGGAUGCUGAACGGAAGGUGCAGAGGGUGAGGGAGGUGUUUGGGAUUGCGUCGGAGGGGAAGGUGGUCGAGAGGGUUGUGCCUGAUUAUCUGGUGGAUGGAAUUACGUUUGAGAUUAUGCAUGAUCCUGUUAUUACACCUUCUGGGACCAGCUUUGACCGGGUCGGCAUCACCAAGUACGUGGAGCAGGCCAAGGUUGAUCCUAUCACGCGGGUGCCGAUGACAGUGAACGAUCUUCGGCCGAAUUAUGCGUUGAAGGCAGCGUGUGAGGAGUUCUUGGAUAAGAAUGGGUGGGCGGUGGAUUGGUGA